GCCCGGGCCCAGGACGCUCCCGGGCGGGGUUGGCGGAGUUGGGGGCCGGCGCGCCCCACCGACCCCGCGCGGUGGCCCCGCCCCUGGGGCCGCGGGGAGGCCCCGCCACGGGGGCGGGGUUGGCCCUGCCCCCCCUCCCCUUCCCGCUGCGGCCCCUUCUUAAGCCCUCGGGUCGCUGGCUGCCGUCACUCGGCUCUCCCGCCGCCUCCCUCCUGCGUUAUGGCCUCGGCGGCGCGCAGCUAUGUCUCCAGGUUCAAGUCCUUCGUGAUCUUGUUCCUCACCCCGCUCCUGCUGCUGCCACUCGUCAUUCUGAUGCCCGCCAAGUUCGUCAGGUGUGCCUACGUCAUCAUCCUCAUGGCCGUGUACUGGUGCACGGAGGUCAUCCCCCUGGCCGUCACCUCCCUCAUGCCGGCCUUGCUCUUCCCGCUCUUGAAGAUUCUGGACUCCAAGCAGGUGAGCGCCCCCGGGGGCCCCCGGCGGCAUCCUGCGUCUGCCCCGUGGCGCACUCCCCGAGCCCCUGUCGGAGCUGCCCGGCCCGUCCCCGCUCGGGCGGCCCGGCCUGCUGGCCAGUCUCGGGGCCGGGGUGGCCCUAAUGGGCCCCGUGCUGUCCUCCAGGUGUGUAUCCAGUACAUGAAGGACACCAACAUGCUGUUCUUGGGCGGCCUCAUCAUGGCCGUGGCCGUGGAGCGCUGGAAUCUGCACAAGAGGAUAGCCCUGCGCACGCUCCUGUGGGUGGGGGCCAAGCCAGCACAGCUGAUGCUGGGCUUCAUGGGCGUCACGGCCUUUCUCUCCAUGUGGAUCAGCAACACGGCCACCACGGCCAUGAUGGUGCCCAUCGUGGAGGCCAUGUUACAGCAGAUAGAGACCGCCGGCUCCGCCGAGGCCGGCCUGGGGGCCCUGGAGCUGGCAGACAAGGGCAGGGCCGGCCAGCUUCCAGGGAGCCAAGUGACCUUCGAAGGGCCCCCCGAGGGGCUGCGGGCCGACCGCGACCGGAGGAGCGUGCGCAAGGCCAUGACCCUGUGCGUGUGCUACGCGGCCAGCAUCGGAGGGACCGCCACACUGACAGGGACGGGGCCCAACGUGGUGCUCCUGGGCCAGAUGCACGAGUUGUUUCCGGACAGCAAAGACCUGGUGAACUUCGCCUCCUGGUUUGGCUUUGCCUUUCCCAACAUGCUGGUGAUGCUGUUGCUGGCCUGGCUGUGGCUCCAGUGCGUCUAUAUGAGGUUCAGUUUUAAGGCGUCCUGGGGCUGCGGGCUGGAGAGCAGGCACCGCGAGAAGGCCGUGUAUGAGCUGCUGUGGCGGGAGUACAGGAAGCUGGGGCCGUUCUCCUUCGCCGAGGCCAACGUCCUGCUCUGCUUCCUCCUGCUGGUCGGCCUGUGGUUCUCGCGGGACCCCGGCUUCAUGCCCGGCUGGGUGUCGCUGGCCUGGGAGGAGGGCGAGACAAAGUACGCGUCUGACGCCACCGUGGCCACCUUCGUGGCCACCUUGCUGUUCGUAGUGCCUUCGCAGAGGCCCCAGUUCAACUUCCGUGGCCAGACAGAGGAGGAAAGGAAAACUCCAUUUUAUCCCCCUGCGCUGCUGACCUGGAAGGUGACCCAGGAGAAAGUGCCCUGGGGCAUCGUGCUGCUGCUGGGGGGCGGCUUCGCACUGGCCAAAGGAUGUGAGGCCUCGGGGCUGUCGGAAUGGAUGGGGGAGCAGAUGGAACCCUUGCACUCUGUGCCCCCGGCGGCCAUCACCUUGAUCCUGUCCCUGCUUGUUGCCGUGUUCACCGAGUGUACGAGCAAUGUGGCCACCACGACCCUAUUCCUGCCCAUCUUCGCCUCCAUGUCACGUUCCAUCGGCCUCAACCCGCUGUACGUCAUGCUGCCCUGCACCCUGAGCGCGUCCUUUGCCUUCAUGCUGCCCGUGGCCACCCCGCCCAACGCCAUCGUGUUUGCUUACGGACACCUCAAGGUUUCCGACAUGGUGAAAACAGGACUCAUGAUGAACAUAAUUGGAGUCUUCUGUGUAUUUCUGGCUGUCAACACGUGGGGACGGGUCAUCUUUGACUUGGACCAUUUCCCUGACUGGGCUAACCUGACACACGCGGAGACCUAGGGAGAGCCUCGCGACCCGGCACGCCGCCCCCACCCUCCUGAGGACCCAAACCUCCCAGCACACCUCCCGGCACAAGUUUGGGGUUCGCUCCCCAAAGCGAUCCAGUGAUGCCCACGCCCCCACGGAGACCCAGCCUGGGGGCUCCAUGCAGAGCUG